UAGGAUAGAACAUGGGCUUAGGACACCUAUAAGCCUGCUGUUCAAGAUGGCCCAGCAAACUGGGAAGCCGCAAUGACACAGCCGACUAGGCCCUUGGUCACCUGUGACCUGGGAUCCUCCAAGAUCUACGGGACCGCCGCCCAGGCGACCACCAGUUCCGGCGCCACCUCGGAUUCGAAAGACCGGCGCGAUAGAUUCGGCCACCGCCCAGAAAUCGGCGUAGGGGGUCAGCCGCAGAUCUGCUUUCCGCGGCCGACGUCCGCGCAGCAGCCGGUGCUGUUCAGCUUAAUGAAUUCCAGUGAAGCAGCGAUGAAAAAAUCUUUACCCAAGAGCCAUUUAUCUCGGGUGAUUAUUCAUGAUAACCGCAUCGCACAACGAAUCUAUGAGAUGGAGGUGAGCGCUUUAGAGAAGACCAAGAAAAAGAUCAGCCACUACUAUGAACACCUGAAAAAAAAGUUCAUGACAGAGCAGCUCAGAAAGCUGGGGCGAUGGAGAGAGGAAUCCGUGAACAUCGACCGGUACUUAACCUUCGGUAUACCACGACCAGUUUAAACUCCAAUCUCCCAAGAAAGGCCAACCACCCUAGUUCUGGCAAAGGGAUCUGCCCCAGGGUCACGAUGACACCAGUGUGACCCAAGGAGAACCAGUAACUACAACCUACACAACUGUAGAACAAUAAACAGAAACCAGCAGACAGCGGAGCACAACAAAUCCUCAGCAAUCCUCAUAUUCCUUGCCCAUGCAUCCCCUCUAUUCUGGUGAAGGAGGUCUGGUAGUCUCGUAGACGCUCAACUCAAAAAGGUAGGAUCAAGCUAGCUUCCAUGCUUAAGGCGAAGAUUGACCUCUCGGUGCCCACAUGUCUGAGGUGACAUGCCAGACCAAGUGUGCUGGGACAGUGGUACCUUAGAUGGAAGGCCUCAGUAAUGCCACUGCCUGGCAUUCCAGUGGUAAGGAGGUCAGGGGGAGGCAUCAGAAGGACCUGGCUUAAGUGCUAUUUCUACCACCAGUCAGCCUUGUGACCUUGUCACCUCCUUGGACCUCCAUUUCCUUAUUUGAAAGAAUGUGGUAAUAGUAAGGGAACCUACCUCCAAGGUCUAGCAUGAGGAUGUAAAGUGCUGAGCCCAGGGCUCAUCAUUUCCAGUGGUUCUCACCAUGAUGGCUCCAGUAGCCUUCCAGUAGUCCCCACUCUGUACUCUCCACACCACACCCGGAUAGUCCCCACACUGUAGCUUUAUUUGCGAAGAUCCUUCAUCUGGAACGCCCCUUUAGCUCUCUCUUCAUCCUUCAAGGCUUAUCUGUAUGUCACUUCCUACAUGGCAUUUUUUUCUUUUCUUUCUUUUUUUUUUUUGAGAUGGAGUCUCACUCUGUCGCCUAGGCUGGAGUGCAGUGGCGCAAUCUCGGCUCACUGCAACCUCCGCCUUCCAGGUUCGAGUGAUUUUUGUGCCUCAGCUUCCUGAGUAGCUAGGAUUAAAGGCAUGCACCUCCACACCUGGCUAACUUAUGUAUUUUUAGUAGAGAAGGGUUUUCGCCAUGUUGGCCAGGCUGGUCUCGAACUCCUGACCUCAGGUGAUCCUCCCUUCUUGACCUUCCAAAGUGCUGGUAUUACAGGCAUGAGCCACCAUGCAUGGCCACCAAAGUCAUUUAAUUCCUGGAGACCCCUAGCAGGAACACUUUCCAGCCCAGCCCUUUGUUAAGUCAGAAGUGUUACUCUGCCUAUUAGAAUUCUGGGCCUGGUCCAGCUGCUGACUUUGAAAGUCUGCAGACCUAUAAGGGCCAAGGGGACAGAGCCAGGGGCAGGCCUUGGACUUGGACCUCCUGCCUCCCUCAGUAAUCUCUCUCUGGGUUUCAGCUCUCCCACUUGCUCUUCAGGAAUGGUGGGGCUGGUGGGUGGUUUCUGCACUUCCUUCCAUUUCUCAGAUCCUGAGAUGUGGCACAGAGCUUUGCACACAUAAUGCUUCAUGAAUGUCUGCUGAGUGGAAGGAAACAAAUCCUGCUCUAAGCAAAGCAAGAAAGUCCAGGCUUAUCCAAAAUGAUCACUCAGGGAGAGUUUAACUUGACUAAUCACUUUACAAAGUGAUUCCCAGUGGUAUUCCUUACCCAGUCUGCUCAUCCAGGAGCAUUUUCAAAGCUUCUGUCACCAAGCCACUGUCAUUCAAGUUGGGUCUCCCAGCUAAUGGAAGUACCCCUCCCUAUACAGGAGCUUUGUGUGAUAGUGUAAGUUUGGCCAGGCGCAGUGGUUCAUGCCUGUAAUCCAAGCACUUUGGGAGGUCUAGGUGGGAGGAUUACUUGAGGCCAGGAGUUUGGGACCAACCUGGGCAACAUAGUGAGACCCUGUCUCUACAAAAAAUAAAAAAUAAAAUGAAAAAUCAGC